AUGGAUCCCUUCUCGAUUCUCGUUGGAAGUGCAGGGCUGGCGGAUGUCUCCUUUCGCAUCAUCUCCUAUCUUGCCACGAUCCGAAGCGCAUCUGCCAAGAUACAUGAUGAACUCACCUUCCUGAGCCAGGAGCUCUCAUCGCUGAUUGCGGUCAACGAGACGGUCGAGGACUGCUGGCAUUCCUGGCAUGACCCGAGUAGCUUCGACACCUCGACCAACGACGAGGCUCAUAUCAACGACGUGUGGAAGAAUCUCGCCAUGCUCUUGCAGCAAAGCAAAGGCCAUGUCGAGCAGCUGGAGACCUUACUCAAUGCAGUCAUUGGCAAAAAUGGCCCCCAGGUGGCUGGCAAGCUGGAUGGGUUGAGAAAGACGAUCCGGAAACAAGGUCGUGAUGGGGAAUUCAUGCAGCUACGCCAGCGCAUCGCCAACCAUCAGGCUGGCAUCCAGAUCCUGUUGAAUGCACUAACUCUUGCCUUCACGCUCAAAUCGCAUACCGCCAGAAUGCAGAUCAGGAUCAAUAGCCUGCGCCGGGAACUCUGA